AUGUCUUCUAUUCUGAAACAAAGAGUCCGGUACGCUCCGUACCUCAAGAAACUCAGAACCCCUGAGGAAUGUAUCCCUCUCUUUGAACACGGCCAGUAUCUCGGAUGGUCGGGGUUUACCGGAGUGGGAGCUCCUAAAGUUGUUCCUCAAGCCUUGGUUGAUCACGUUGCGAAAAACAACUUGCAAGGCAAAUUGGCCUUCAAUCUGUUUGUGGGCGCCUCUGCUGGUCCAGAAGAGUCUGAAUGGGCUGCAAAUGACAUGAUCCUUAGACGUGCGCCUCACCAGGUUGGAAAACCAAUCGCAAAGGCUAUCAACGAAAACAGAACCCAGUUCUUUGACAAGCAUUUGUCCAUGUUCCCUCAAGAUCUGCUCUACGGUUACUACACCAAGGACAAGAGAAAUGACCUGCUGGACUACACUAUCGUCGAGGCCACCGCAAUCACCGAGGACGGUGCCAUUGUUCCUGGUCCUGCGGUUGGCGCUUCUCCGGAGAUGCUUGCGUGCUCCGAUAAAAUCAUUAUCGAAGUCAACACUGCCACGCCUUCUUUUGAAGGUUUGCACGACAUUGACAUGCCUGAACAGCCUCCUUUCAGACAGCCAUACCCAUACACCACUGUGGACCAAAGAAACGGCUUGACUGCCAUUCCUGUCAACCCUAACAGAGUUGUGGCUGUGGUCGAGUCCACCGUUCCAGACAGAGUCCCAGACCCAACUGCUCCAGAUGAAGUGUCCCAGAAGAUCGCCCACCACCUGAUCCACUUCUUCGAGCACGAGGUCCAGGCCGGCAGACUUCCUUCCAACCUGCACCCAUUGCAGUCCGGUAUUGGUAACGUUGCCAAUGCCAUUAUCGGAGGUCUGGCCAACUCCGAGUUCGAGAACCUGACCGUCUGGACCGAGGUUCUGCAGGACUCGUUCUUGCCAUUCUUCGAGAACGGUGCCAUGGACUAUGCUACUGCCACCUCCAUCAGACUGUCUAACGACGGAUUCAAGAAGUUCUUUGACAACUGGGACUUGUUCUCCAAGAAGCUGUGUUUGAGAUCGCAGGUUGUGUCGAACUCGCCAGAGAUCAUCAGAAGACUCGGUGUCAUUGCCAUGAACACUCCUGUUGAGGUUGACAUCUAUGCGCACGCCAACUCCACCAACGUUAACGGAUCGAGAAUGCUGAACGGAUUGGGAGGAUCUGGAGAUUUCUUGAGAAAUGCCAAGCUGUCCAUCAUGCACACUCCUGCAGCCAGACCAAGCAAGACCGAUCCUACUGGUAUUUCGUGUGUGGUUCCAUUUGCUUCGCACAUUGACCACACCGAGCACGAUCUGGACGUCAUUGUGACCGAUUACGGACUUGCUGAUCUGAGAGGCUGUUCUCCAAAGGAGCGUGUGCACAAGAUUAUUCACAAGUGUGCCCACCCAGACUACAGAGACCAGUUGCAAGACUACUACAACCGUGCUGAGUUCUACUGCAACAAGAAAAAGACUUUGCACGAGCCACAUCUGUUGAAGGACGCCUUCAAGAUGCACCUGAACUUGGAACAGAACGGUACCAUGAAGCUGGACAGCUGGGAUGUCAAGUUCUGA